GUUCAUUAUUGGAAUGACAGUUCAUAUGCGACUGAACACUCGUUAUGGAAGUGAACAACAAUAUUGCAAAAUCGCCGAAUUUGAACAAAAAACAUGAAAAGAGUUCAGUUAUCAAGUGGGGAAGUGUUACAUUGUAUACAUUACCAGUCAUAUUGGGUAUAUUAUGCUAUAUCAACUCAAUGAAUGGAGAUUUUGUACAUGAUGAUAUUUUUGCUAUAAAAAAUAAUCCUGAUGUAACAGGGAAAUCCCCUAUUUCAGAAUUGUGGAAAAAUGAUUUUUGGGGAAAAUUUAUUCAGGACAGAACCAGUCAUAAAUCAUACAGACCUAUUACUACUCUUUCAUUCAGAUUGAACUAUGCAUUAAGUGAUGGGAAGCCUUUUACUUUCCAUAUUAUCAAUGUGGCCUUACAUUGUCUGGUAACUGCAUUAUUUAUCUACAUUCUACGCCAAAUAUUCCAUAUUUCUAACAGUUGUACCUUCUACUCUGCUGUUAUAUUUGCUGUUCAUCCUAUCCAUACAGAGGCGGUAUCUGGAAUUGUGGGAAGAGCUGAUAUUUUAGCUGCCGUUUUCUUUCUUCUUUCAAUCAUAUUUUACAUCAGGAGUAUAGAAGUCAUACACCCUGAUGAAGAUGUCUUCAUACCCUCAACUAUCAACUGGUGCUAUUUUACUCUCAGCAUAUCAUUGGCUAUCAUCUCUACAUUAUGUAAGGAACAUGGAGUUAUGGUUCUUGUUGUAUCUGCUGCCAUUGAUUGCUUGAUUUUAUCCAGAAAUGGUGUCAAUAGAUGGAUAAGUAGAGAAGUCAGCAUAAUUCAAUGUAAACCAUUGAUAAUCAGAGUAACCUUACUAGCAUUCUCAUUUAUAUCAAUAUUUCUUAUACGAUGUUUUAUCAAUGGAUGGCAAGUUCCUAUAUUUUUAGAUCAAGACAAUCCGGCUUCCUUUUCUUCCAGUCUUUUGACAAGGAUAUUGACUUAUAACUAUUUAUUAGUAUUUAAUAUUUGGUUAUUAAUAUCACCUAUAACACUAUGUUAUGAUUGGCAACUAGGUAGUAUACCGUUAGUUCAAGAUAUAUCAGAUAGCAGAAACCUCGCCACCCUGGUAUUCUAUAUAGCCUUCAUCAGUAUCAUUAUAAAGUCUCUUAAAAUCUUCCGAAAUAAAGGAUGUUCCAAGAAUAUUCCAGUAUUAUCACUGAUCUUCCUCACCAUUCCAUUUAUUCCUGCAAGCAAUUUCUUCAUCAGAGUUGGUUUUGUGGUGGCAGAGAGGAUUCUGUACAUUCCAAGUCUGGGUUUCUCUUUGAUGGUUGGAUAUGGUUUGACAAAGUUAUGUUCAAGAUAUAGCAAGAAGAAAUGGCUACUGAUAACAAUAUUUACUGUUUAUACCUUAUUACUAGCUGCCAAAACUCUACAUAGAAAUCAAGUCUGGCAAUCAAGACAGUCCUUGUUUUGGUCUGGGGUGGUUACGUUGCCACAUAAUGCUAAAGUACAUUAUAAUUAUGGUAAUUAUUUAAAAGAUAAUAAUGAGAUACAUCAAGCUAUACAGCAUUAUACACAGGCAAUAAGAUUGUAUCCAGAAUAUUCCAGUGUUCAUAAUAAUCUAGGAACGAUAUUAUCAAACCAAACACAGUCAGAAUAUCAUUUUAAUCAAGCUCUGAAACAUAAUCCUCAACAUAAAGGAGCUCUGGUGAAUCUUGGUAAUAUAUAUCAUUCCCAGAAGAAAGAGCACCAAGCCGAAUCAAAAUUUAAACAGGCAUUAAAAAUUGACCCAAAUUAUUCUGACGCCAUACUGUCCUUUAUUAAAUUAUUGAUGGAGACUAAUAGAAAUGAUGAAGCAAAGAAAUAUCUUGAGACAGCCAUGAAAACAGAACCUUUUUCACAUAAUGUACAUAGUUAUCAUGGAGCAUAUCAUCUGGCUUCAGGAAAGUACAAUCUGGCAGUGAAAAGUUUUUUAACAGCAUAUUCCUUGGACAAUAGAGCUAUCUCAUCAUUGAUUAAUGCUGCAUCUACACUACGUUCUCAGGGUCAUGUAGGAGAAGCAGAAGACUUGCUGAAAAGGGCAUGGUCCAUGAACCCCACAGAUGAUUUAAAGAACCAACUAGGUUUAUUAUAUUUUUAUACUAAUCAUGUACCUGAAUCAUUGAAUACAUUUGAAACCAUUCUGAGGAAAACCCCUAAUAAUAUGGAGGCUGCUACUAAUUAUGCUAGAGUUCUCUUUGCUCAAGAAAGAUUGGAUGAAGCUGCUCAAGUGGUUGAAAAUGUCUUGAGUCAAGGUUCUCAAAAUAUAGAUGCUCUGCAACUCAUAGGAAACAUUUGUGCCAAAAAAGGAGACAAAAGAAAGGCAAUAGAAUAUUUAGAAAUUGCUCUACACCAAACUAGUCAUCAGAUACCAGAUAAACAAGAUUUAUAUCUUACAUUAUUAUUUAAUAUUGGUACUUUACAUCAACAAUUAAACGAAUAUCAAUCAGCAUUACAAUAUUUUAAUAAGAUUCUUGAUAUUGAACCAAAUUAUCCUCAAGCUUAUCUUCAUAUUGGUGGAAUAUUACAUAUUCAAAAUGAUUUUAAAGAAGCCAGAAGAUAUUAUAAUAAAGUUUUAAAACUUGAACCACAAAAUGAGUUUGCUCUUCAGAAUUUAGUAAAACUUUCACGACUAGAGAGAAAGCAGCAACAGAAACAAAAACUUUGA